GGGCGGUCUGACAGAAACAUCAAGGAAGAGGAUGCGGGUCGCUUCAGAUAUGGAUUACAAGGUUGUGUUUGCAGCCUUGGAGACAGUAUGUGAAGACAACAUUUCCAUUUUGUGUGGACCUCCCGAUUUGCCGUACGGCGCUGUUGCCAAGCGCCUGGUCACAUGCAUGCAACAGAUUCAGGAGCACAGUCGAGCCCUGGAGCCUGUGGUCGCAAGCUUUACCAUCGUCUACCACCAUUAUGACUUUGACGCACAAACGCCUGGGAACGGCUACCGCACCCUCGUCAAGGUCUUGCUCUCUUGCCUUUUGCACAUCAUCCACAAAGGCCGCUACAUUGCCUCUAAUUACAACAGUGCCUUCUUCAGGGCGGACCACAAUGCUUCAGAGAUGGAGGCAUACUGCAGCGCUCUGUGUCAACUGCGCGCCCUACUCCACCUUGCCCAGCAGCUCAUCAACGAAAACGACUACGGCCAGCUGUACUCCCUGCAGGACGGGGACCUGAGUGGCAGGUUUGUGCAGGAGUACAGCUCCAUGCACAAAGCCUGCUUCUAUGGCCGCUGUCUGGGCUUUCAGUUCUCUCCAACUCUACGUCCGUUCCUCCAGACCGUCGUCAUAAGCAUGGUUUCAUAUGGAGAGACGUACGGAAAACAGCAGUCUGGUUUGGGUUUGGCAGCACUUUCCCUCCUCACAUCAGGAAAAUACGUCAUCGAUCCAGAGCUGCGGGGCGCAGAGUUUGAACGCAUCACCCAGAAUCUGGACAUGCAGUUCUGGAAGUCCUUCUGGAACCUCACAGAGUCCGGCCUUAUAACAGGCUUCAGCAGAAUAGCCUCCUGCCCAGUGCAGGUGAACUUCACCCUGACUGUGCCUCCAGUCACUCUACGCCUCCCACUGGCCUCGGACCCCAGUCUGACAGCCUCCGUGUCACCUCCGAUCGCCCACUGGGGCCCAGGGCCCGUCCACAUGCGUCUGAUCUCAUGUGAACUUCGGGAAGGGCAGGAGAGUGAGGAGCUGCUGGCUUUAUCUCGAACAGAUCCUCCACCAAUCACAGCGUCCCAUCUCCCCUGGGUGCAGAAGCAGCCUCGCUCCCCGUGGCUGCUCAUCCACUUCCAUGGAGGUGGCUUUGUGGCUCAGACCUCCAAAUCCCACGAGAAUUAUCUGCGGAAUUGGUCGAAGGAGCUGAACGUACCUAUCCUGUCAGUCGACUACUCUCUGUCGCCUGAAGCGCCCUUUCCCAGAGCUCUGGAGGAAUGUUUCUACGCCUACUGCUGGGCUCUGAACAACUGUCACCUGCUGGGCUCCACAGCGGAGCGGGUCUGUCUGGCAGGCGACAGCGCAGGAGGAAACCUCUGCAUCACUGUGUCCAUGAAGGCCAUCACCAGCGGCAUUCGAGUCCCUGAUGGCAUCAUGGCUGCCUACCCCGCCACCUUGCUCACCACUGACGCCUCGCCCUCCCGUCUGCUCACGCUCAUCGACCCGCUGUUGCCUCUAGGCGUUCUCGCAAAGUGCCUCAACGCCUAUGCAGGUGCAGAAAGUCAGACGGUGCAGCCCGCAGUGGGAAGCGGCAGUCUGAGCGCUCUGGGCCGAGACACCGCCGUGCUGCUCAGUGACCUCACCCAGGGAGCCUCCAACUGGAUCCAGUCCUUUCUGGACCCCAUGCGGACCUCAGGUGGAGCACGCUCGCUGUCAGUAACACAGAGGAGGUCUCAGAGCAACGAAACCCACAGGACAUCCACGCACACCUCCACAACAGAAUGUGCAAGUCAGGUGGAUUACCCAGAUGGCUUUGAGCCGCUGCGCUCCGAGUGCCUGGCUUUUAUUCGCCCAACUUCCUGCCCCAUUAUCAGGAACCCUUUUGUGUCCCCCCUGCUGGCUCCGAACAACCUGCUAAGAGGCCUGCCGCCUGUUCACAUUGUGGCGUCGGCUCUGGACGCCUUGCUGGAUGACUCGGUGAUGUUCGCCAAGAAGCUGCGAGACAUGGGCCAGCCUGUGAGCCUGACGGUGGUGGAGGACCUACCUCACGGCUUCCUCAGCUUGUCGCAGCUCGCCAAGGAGACGGAGGUCGCUGCAGAAAUCUGUGUGGAGCAAAUGAGGAAGAUUUUUCAGCAAGAAAACACGACGCCCGGUCUCCGCAAACGGCCAAAACGAAGAAGCGAAGAGACUAGUCAGAGUAGCAGUCCAUCUGGCUGAUUUAUCGAGUCAUUUGUGGGACUUUGUUGCUCUUGAAUGAAAGAGAGAUCUGAUCUGAUGGGAGAGAUGCAAUAGAUUUAAGGACAGGAAGUCAGGGAGCAUCAUGAGGCCGCAACAAAAACUGUAAAACUAUAGGAAGAUUAGGGACGCUGCACUUGAAAUCUCUACGGCGCAUUUUCUGUAGGCAGCGAUGAUCAAGAGAGUUACUAAAAACUUUCUAUAACCAGCUUUAAUAUGAUCCUAAAUGAUGUCAAAAGAGAAAAUAAUGAAGUAUUUUUCUAACAAAAUUCACAUAUUCAAGAUCUAGAUGAAAUGCACAACAGAAAAAAACUUCACCUUACCAGCUCUUGCAGCAGUUUCUUAACUCACACAUGUCAAUAAUGGGAACUGUUGUGCCUUGAAUUUAAAGUUACAAUCUGGAAGAUCUCGCUUGGCGGCACCUGUAGUAAUAACCGGUGAUUGCAGUGGGUUUGUUGGCAGACUAAAGGCCUUGACACACCGGGGGUUUCAUGAAAAAGUGGCACAAAAAUGUGAAAUACGUGCCUGCGAAUAUUUUGCAUCAAAACGUUUACCAGCAGCAAUGCAGAUUUUCAAUAGUUGCAACAUUUCAAUAAAAGCUUUUGAUGUGAAUAGAUUCACCAGCAAUGACGCUAAGUUGCAACAGUCACCAGUUUCCUGAUGACCAAUAGCAGCAUCUGACAGUCUAUCUAAAGUAAGCUGUUGUGUAACCGAAGCCACUGUGAGUUCUUUAUUGGCUUUCCUUUUAGCGAAAUGCCCUGAGUAAAUUUGUGCUCCCUCUGGUAAACAGUUACACAGUAUACCUCUAGGGCUUUUAUUGUGAAAGCUAAGAAUGGAAGAAGUGGAUCUGGUAUGCAUUCGUGAGCUUUGAGGGAGUAAUAAUUGGUGUGAUGACUUUAUUCGUAUUGCAAAACCACCUAAUAUUUGCCAUCUGUGUGACAGUAUUCGUGACAAAACAACAGUUAAUAUAUAUACAUAUACAUGUGUGUGUAUGUGUGUGUGUGUGUUGUAUAUACAGUGUAUAUAUAUAUAUAUAUAUAUAUAUAUAUAUAUAUAUAUAUACAUACUGUAUAUUGCUGCUGUCGGACACAUGCCUCCUGCCUCCAAAAUUGCUAUUUUUCAGAAAUUAGAAUUUUUUUAAUACAAUUCAUUGCUUGAGAAAUGGUAAAAACCAUUGACUGACACAGAGGGAGACCAAUAGAAUUAAUUUAUUUUUAAAAAUAAAUAAUAAAAUAAUACUGUAAGUGAAAGGGCUUUCAUCAGAGAGGGCCUCGGUCACCGUUGUGUUACCUCAUUCGGCACUAGAUGGUGACUUUACAGACAAUGAAGAUCUUCAGGAUUAUUACUUUAAAACGCUGCUAAAGUGGGUGGAAAAAGCUUUGCCUACAUUGCUGCACAAACUGACCAGAAUUAAAGGUUUACUUGCAUAGGAAGAAUAUCCCAGAUGCACUGUAUUAUUAUAUUAUUAAUAUUAUAUAUGAAUUUAAUAUAUAAUCUGGUUCUUGCCAGUUUGUCACUUGUUUACAACAUAUUGAUAAAGAUGCCUUCACCUUGUGUUAACCCGCAGUAUGUGGAUUAUGAAAGUAACUACUGUAAAUUAAUUACUAUUAUUUGUUCAUAUUAAUAUUUAACAUUGUGUUAUAUUUAAAGUGUGAAUUAAAUCAAAACUGCAAG